CCCCCCCAAACUCUUUUUUUUUUUUUUUUCCUGUGUCUCUGGAUGGAUCCGGACUGAAUGACAACAUUUGUGAGCGGAGGAACUGUUGCAUCACCCCGGCAGCUGCCGCACAUCACGGACUCGUUUGUCUCGCCGAGCGGAGGGAAUAACGAAGUUAGUUCUUUCCAGCCAGAGGAUGAAUGGCGAGCCGGGGGGGGGGGGUCGUUUGAAGACUUACAUGACUAGAUGAGCACGUUACGAUUCAGCGGCGUGGUUUCUGCGACUCUUUCGUACCUUCCGCGGUGUCAACUCCUGCCUCCUUGCAGACAGCUGGCUUCGGCUUUUCAGUCGUGAAGCGGGAAGUUCCUCGCCUGCCGAGGAGAGGCGCUGUCCGUGGUCCUGAAGUCAUCCCCGACAACUCCUGGGAAUCUCGCUCCUGGCCUCCUGCGAAGACAAACUUGUAGGUUCCUCUGAAGAGCAGCAGCUGGAGGGGACACUGUCCACCAGCAGCCGCAGAAAAGGGCUCAGUAUGCUAACUCAAACCAGAGUGCACCUGCAUACUCUGGUACUUUUGAUUUUUAUCGUCCACCUGAGCCAGCCAGUAUGUGUCAAUAUCCCAUCGGAGACCGAAGCAGUCCUGGGGAAAUCCAUGAUGUUGACGUGUAUCUCCUGUCUGAGGCGAGAGGAGGUCAAAGCAAAGACACGUGUGGAUUGGUACUACAAGCCAAAAAUCGGAAAAGACAUUCCUAAAACUCAUAUAUACAAGUAUGAGGGUGACACGGCAGUAGAAUUGGACGGACCAUUAAAGGGCCGUCUGACCUGGAACGGAAGCCAGGACUUGCAGGAUGUCUCCAUUCAAAUCCAUUACGUCACCUAUAACGACAGUGGUAUCUAUGAGUGCCACGUGCUUCGCGAGUUUGAGUUUAACUUCUUCACUCCCUCUGUCCUAAUCAUAAACAACAUCACGCUGAAGGUGAAAGAGAAAGCCAGUGAAGACACCACAGCGCUCUACUCUGAGAUCAUGAUGUAUGUGCUGCUGGUUUUCUUGACAUGCUGGCUGCUGGUAGAAAUGGUCUACUGCUACAGGAAGAUCUCCAAGUCUGAUGAGCAGGCGCAAGACACAGCGUAUUGACCAAUCACAACGGGACUUCAGUGUCAUAUGACAGAAACAGGCAUAGAUUCCACAACUUUAUCUAUGCCUCUAUGAAGGUAUCAUUACUCCCUGACAGCCAUGGGAAUCCUGCCAACUGACCUCCCCUGUGUAUCGACUGUGUCUUGUGAAGAGCCAGUCAAAAAUGUCCAUGCUCGACUUUUCUCCUCCUUUUCCUCUCAUCUUUUUUUUUACCUUCGUGCCAGUUAUCUGAAGUCAAGUGCUUUCACAAAUGCAGCAGGUUAAAGAACAACAAUGUCGGUGGCCUGUACUUAUUAUCAGAUAAAUACCAGCCAUGUUUCAUUUGGACCUGCCAGUUCGUAGAGUAAUAACAUUUUCUUUGUAGUAAGUGGUGCCUAUGUGUGAUUUAUAACCUAUAUAAAAAGAUGUGGUCCAUGGAAAAGAAAAAACCUGCCCUACUGCUGUCAAGGCUGUUAUGCUGACUCUGUAGUACUUGCUUGUUUAGUUUAUUUUGUUUUAUAACAAUUUUAUAGACCACGCUGAGAUUUUGGGUCACAUGUUAAUUUAUACUGGCCCAUAUCUUUUUAAUGUCUUUUUAAGGAAAAUGGAUUGCAUAGCUUUUAUACUGCAUGGAUGUGCAUUUCUCCCUAUUUUGCUCUACGCAUCAGUGUAAUGGAACUAUAUAAAACAUACGAAACCAUGUCAAGUCACACUAUUUCAGCUGAUCUGAAUUCAUAUAGAGGUCUUUCCUAUACGCUCCUUUGUGUAAAUCCUUAAUCCAUGUUCAGCUCUAUUAUCAAAGUACAUUUAGUAGGUUAAGUCUUACUGCAUACAGUUACUCUAAAAUUUAUUAAUAGGCUUUGACUGUUGCUGAUGUUCUACAGUAGCAUUGCUAUUGAGACUAAAUGUGUGCCUAUUUCUAUAGCAGAAAUUUAUAUUUUGUGAUUCAGUCAUACCACCCUGUUCUUUGUCUAUUACACGUGUGACAUCUUCUGUGUGACUGAGCUGUUUUUGAGCUAUUAAAUACAAUGCAUUCCACAGUC